AUGGAAGUGGGAUCCUGGCUGAUAUGGACUCCAUUGUGGGCUCUGGGGUACGGACUUGGUGUGCUCCUCUUGAGCAUCACGACCAUCGUCUUGUAUAGACUCUUUCUUCACCCGCUGGCACGAAUUCCAGGCCCAAAACUCGCCGCCAUUUCAAAUAUCUGGCACGCAUAUCACGCUCGCAGUGGACGCAUGUUCGAACUGGGAAAGAGGCUGCAUCGGGAGUAUGGCGAAGUCGUGCGAGUCGGACCCAAUGAGCUCUGUCUGAAAGGUAGCACAAAGGGUUUCGAGAAGACUGACUUCUACUUGGCAACGAGCCUCAACACGCCAAAGAUAGAUGCCUGUUUGCGUCCUCAUUUUGCCGACAGCCUCGAUCUCCUUUCUGAGCGGGACAUGAAGCGUUACCGCCUGCAGAGGCGACUCAUUGGACGAGUCUACCAGACGGCCAACGUGGUCAAGUUCGAAGCAGCAGUCGACGACGUUAUCAAGCAGGUGAUUGCGCGACUGGAAGCCCUGAAUGGUGCAGAAAUCGAUCUCAAGGAAUGGAUGCACAUCAUCGCCGUCGAAUGUCUGGGAGCGUCGGUCCUCUCUUGGUCUCCGGGACUGCUCAAGGCGGGAACGGAUUGGGGUUCCAGCGCUCACAGCUACCUUGGCUGGAGAAGGAAGAGUGUCAUGGGCCUCUUCCCGACGUUGACCAAGUUGACCUUCCGUUCCAAUUCGUUGGAGUGGAUAUUCCGGGAUGUUUGGAAUCUCAAGUACCCUGCUUCGUCUAAAUUUCGAUCAUUCUUUCCUGACGUCGGGAAGCGCAUCUCUCGAAGGAUGUCCGCUCUGAAACCGAAUGCCCCCAAAGACAACCGGGCAGAUCUAAUGGCGGACCUGAUUCAGCUUCAUAAGGAUAAGCCUGAUUUCACAGUAAACUAUCUCAGGAAAAUGGCCAUGACCAACUUUGGCGCGGGGCAUGAGACCCUGGCAUCAACUCUGACGUCGAUUUUCACCAUGGUCGGCACACAUGACGAUGUGCAGAGGAGAGUAAGACAAGAGAUUCGGAGCGCCACGGAUGCCUCGUCAUAUGCAGGUACACUUCAGCUGCAAUAUCUGCGUGCGGCAGCAAGAGAAGCGAUGCGCCUCCAUCCGGUCCUCAGCAUGUCGCUGCCUCGCCGAGUCCCUGACGCGGGCUUACACGUUCACGGCUACUUUAUCCCGGGAGGCACGACAGUCGGGUGCAACCCCGUGGCGUUGCAUCGAAACGCAGACGUCGUGACGGGAUCCGAUCCAGAAGCUUACGACCCGGAUCGCUGGCUCGGUGGCGAGUCUUCGGGUACGCGCCUCAUGGAGCGAUACAGCCUCAACUGGGGCGGUGGGCCAAGGAUUUGUCCGGGGAAGAACUUGGCCGAGAUGGUCGUUUAUAAAGUCAUAUCAGCCCUAUUCGAGCGGUUCAAUGUGGAGGUGUCUGUACCGCCGGAAGUUGGGCAACCGUCCUACUUCUUGUCAAUGAUCACCGGGGUCAAGGCCCGGUUCUUGUCUGUCGCUCCACAGCCGGCGGGAGAGACGGCCUUCCAUGAGAGCUGA